AUGAGCUUUCCGAAAAGAAAAUGCUGGGCUUUUUUGAAGAAAUUGGUUGUUGUGUUGAUUUUUGCAUGUGUUUGCAAGUCUUUAUUAAAUUUUCUAUGUUUUGAUGGUGUAUGUGAUGACAACGAAAACCAGAAAAACGUCUUCUCGUUAUUGAGCGAUGUUGUUUUGGAAGCAAACAGAUUGACAAUUGUCGAGCAUGAAAAACCUCGGUUUUCUGAGACGGUAAUUUCAGCAUCUAUUUUCAAAGGGACGACAGAAUCAAAUUUACGCAAUAAAGUGCUCAAUGUUACUGCAAUGUUGCUUUCCAUGCAGAUGAAGUCAUUAGAUUUAUGUCCAUCACAGGAUGACUUCUUGAAAAAUGGAACUUUGAUGACUGGCAAAAAAAAUUUUGGGAAAAAAAAUCGUUAUCGCAGCAUAAAAGAACAGCAAUUAAAGAAACUUAUCAAUAAGUUUGGAAUCCACAUUUCUUCAGGAAUGUUACAAAUUAUAGAGGCACCUGAUGAAUAUUAUGCACCUCUUCACAAUCUCCAUCGAAGUCUUGGGGAUAAGAUGAACAGAGUUCUGUGGAGAUCAAAGCAAGCUUUAGAUUAUGUCUACCUAAUGUGUUUUUGUUCAUACAUUUCGGAUUAUUAUCUUCAGCUGGAGGAUGAUGUCACAGCAAGCCCAAGAUUCCUUUCCAAAAUUGAAGACUUCAUUCAUUCACAGAAAACCAGUUGGAUCUCUCUCAAUGUGGCUCUACUUGGCUACAUAGGUAAACUAUAUCCAAGAAAGGAAGUUCAGAAUCUUGCUUCAUAUCUCAAGUUGUUUUAUGAUGAGAUGCCAGUUGAUUGGUUGGAACCAUGUUGGAAAGAUUACAGAGGGCAGGACCCAGCUACAACUCCAGUCAUAGCUGCAUCAUUGUUCCAACAUAUUGGUCGUGUAUCAUCAUUUCAAUAUAAAGAGUGGCAAAGGCCAAAUACUUUGAAGGAAAAAAUAUUUGAUAGGUUUGAUCACAAGUAUGCAGGCCUCAACCCCCCUGCUAUAAUAUCAACUGAUCUCACUCCCAUAAGUGGCCAACCUUCAGAUGCCUACAAUAAAGGCAUUGGUGUAGGGCAUACAUAA